CCCCCCUUUUUUAUAAAAAACAACGCUUUUGCUCAUUGAGCAAUAUGUACGUACAUUUUACCGAACGCAAUCUAAAUCAUAACAAAUAUGGCGGCGUCUUUACAAUCAAAGUGAUUUUCAUAACAACUUUCAAUAAUAUGGCUGAGAGAAAGAAGCCUUCAGGAGCUCAAUAUCGUAAACGAAAAGUUGAACAGCAGAGGGAACAAGAAAAACAGAAGGGUUCAUUGCUAAAGUUUAUAUGCCGACAAGACUCUACUAAAGAGGAUAGUAAUGGUGGACAGAUUCCCACUGAUAUGGAAGCUGAAGAAAUAUCUAAUGUUGUUGAUAAUGAUAAUGUGAUGAUGAGUGAAACACUUUCUUACUCAACAGUUCCCGUUUCCCAUGCAUUUAAUGGCCAAUUGAAUAAUUCUCUUGAGGAACAUGUACAGCAAGCAAGUGAAGAAAAAACGGAUAAUGUUAUUCCACAGAAUCCAGCACUUUGGCCUCUACUAAUUAAUCAUAAUACACGUGCAAUCAUUGUAGAACGUGGACCUCAGCAAAUAAAAGAUAUCAGUUUCCCAAAUGAUAAGAACAAUCGAAAGUUUUCAGUAUUUCACUACUUAAGAAAACUUCCUAAUGGAGAAGAAUUAUGUCGCAGCUGGCUCUUGUAUUCAGUAUUAAAAGACUCAGUGUUUUGUUUCUGUUGCAAACUGUUCAGUAUGAAAGCAAUUGGCAUAUCAUCACUAACUCAUACAGGUUCAAGUGACUGGAAAAACAUGGCGGCAAUUCUUUCUUCCCACGAGAAAAGUCCUGAACAUUUGCAGAACUAUCAAAAGUGGAAAGAACUACAUCAGCGAUUACAGAGGGAUAGUACAAUAGAUGCAGAAAUUUUGCGCAAGAUGAAGAAUGAAGAAAAGUAUUGGCAGCAAAUACUAAAGCGUUUAAUAGCAUUAGUGAGAGUUUUGGGUGAACAGAAUCUAGCUUUUCGCGGUACAAAUGAAACAUUGUACAGUGCCAAUAACGGGAAUUUUUUAAAAUUUGUGCAAUACUUAGCCAUUUUUGAUCCAUUAAUGAACAAACAUCUACGAAAGAUAUCAAAUAAAGAGCUUCAUACACACUAUCUUGGCAAAGAUAUACAAAAUGAACUUAUUCAACUGUUAGGAAAUGCUAUUAAGAAAGAAAUCAUACAAACAGCAAAUGCAAUGAAAUAUUUUUCAAUAGUUCUCGAUGGUACUCCUGACUGUAGCCAUGUUGAGCAAAUGACAAUAAUUAUUCGUUUUGUUAAAGUUGAUUCAUUGAAAAAGGAGUUUAGUAUCAAAGAACAUUUUUUAGGCUUUGUACCUUUAAAGAAAACAACUGGAGCCUAUAUGGAAGAAACGAUAAUACAACAAUUAGAAGAAAUGGAGUUACCUAUUGAUAAUUUACGUGGCCAAGGCUACGAUAAUGGCGCAAAUAUGAUAGGCAAAAAUAAUGGUGUUCAAAAGAAAAUAUUAAACAUUAAUCCUCGAGCAUUGUUUGUUCCUUGCAGCGCGCAUACUCUUAAUUUGGUUGUUAAUGAUGCUGCAAAUUGUUGUCUAAUGGCUACAAGUUUUUUUGAUAUUGUCCAACGUGUGUAUGUAUACUUUUUGUCUUCAACACAUCGGUUAGUAGUUUUCACUAGUCAUCAACCUACGUUAACUGUUAAACCUCUAAGUGAAACAAGAUGGGAAAGCAGAAUAGAAGCUAUAAAGCCUUUGCGAUAUGAACUUGGUAAAAUAUAUGAUGCACUGCUAGAAAUAGCUGAUGAUACUUCUCUAACUGGAUCCUCAGGAAGCACUGCACGCAGUGAUGCUAAAGCACUUGCGAAUAGUGUUGCAAAGUUUAAGUUCGUGGUUUCAAUUGUUGUAUGGUACAACAUACUUUUUGAAAUCAAUAUAACAAGUAAGCAGCUCCAAGCUAAAGAUUUGGAUAUUCAUGCUGCUGUACAACAGUUACAACACACACAAAGCCUAUUUGGUUGACUGUAGGAGUGACAUAGGUUUUGCAAGAAUGCUAGUGGAUGCUGCUGAAAUUGCUAAGGAUUUGGAGAUACCACCAACCUUUGAGGCAGAACCACGAUUACGGCGGAGAAAAAAGCAAUUUGCAUAUGAAGCUGAAGAUGAGCCUGUGCAAGAUCCAAAACAAAAUUUCAAAGUGAAUUUUUUCUUUGCUAUACUUGACACAGCAAUAAGGUCGGUUGAAGAAAGGUUUGAACAAAUGAGAACAAUUGAAUCUGUAUUUGGUUUCUUAUAUCAUAUUCAUGGUCUGCAGAGUAAAACUUCACAAGAAAUAUUGGAAUGUUGCAUGAAACUAGAAUCUGCUUUACAACAUGGUGAUAACAGAGAUUUAGUUGCAUCAGAUUUGUGUGGCAAACUACAGUCUUUUGCACGACGACUUUCUGAAGAAACAAAGUCUCCUCAAGAUGUUUUUCGAUUUAUUCUUUGCCAAAACUUGGAAGACAGUCUACCCAACCUUUGUAUUGCUCUUUGUAUUUUGCUGACAUUACCUGUUUCUGUCGCUAGUGGAGAGCGUAGUUUUUCCAAACUAAAAUUGAUAAAGACAUACAUUCGAUCAUCCAUGUGCCAAGACAGAUUGGUUGGGUUGGCAACUCUUUCCAUUGAGCACGAACUUGCAGACAAGCUGGACCUGAAGGACCUUGUGAUCGAUUUUGCCCAGAAAAAGGCACGCAAAGUACAGUUUUGAUAUUUUUAAAUAAAUAAAUACUUACCUGGUGUUUUCA